CUGAUUUGACAGAGGAUGUGGCAGCAGGCUCUCAUUGUGUCUGUGAUCGUCACAGGAUCUGUUUCUGCCUGGAAGAUGACGGUGUCUCCGGUGGUCACUGUGUCCAGAGGAGAAGAUGCCAUCCUCAACUGCUCCUUCACUCACAAACAGAAGAACUAUUCUGGGAAUAUCACUGUCAAAUGGCUGGCGAGAGAUCCGUAUACCGAACCGUUCUUUCAGUGUUCAGUAAAAAAUGACUCAAUGGAGGGAGGUAAUGAUUGUUCAGGGUCUGGAUUAAAGUUCUCCCUGGAUGGAGAUCCUCGGCGGGGGCAGCUGUCGCUCCUCAUCAGGAAGGUACAGUUGACAGAUAACGGUACUUUCUUCUGCCGAGUGGAGCUGGAAGGGAGAAGUGACUAUUUGAAAAGGAAGAUUGAUCUUUAUGUUGCAGUCAAACCCCAGAUUCAGAGCCUCUCCGUGGUGGAGAUGGCCUGUGGCUCAGACAGCAUCACCAGAUCACUGAGGUGUGACGUGGAGGGUCACCCACUGCCCAAAGUUGUCUGGCUGUCGGUCACCAGACGCCUGUUGGACGUCAAGCACCACACCUCAGAAACCAGUCCAUACAGUCUGACCACCUGCAUCCCCUACCAGCAGGAGGAGGAGGUGGUGAGCUGCAGAGCGGAGAGCAGGCUGGGUGAAGCAGAGAGGACAUAUCCAACCACUAAUGUCCUGAUGAUCAGUCUGGCUGUGUGCGGCGUUAUUGUGCUGCUUCUAGUGCUGCUGUCGACAGGACUCACCAUUUAUUGCCUGAAAGCACGAAAUCCUCCCCCGCAGGACUCAGAGCCUCCAGCCGACCAAGAACUUCAGAUGGUUUAUUCCGUCCUCAGCUUUUCACGGGGGAAUUUAGUGCAGCAAAGUGAAGAACCAGGUGUUAUUUACUCUACAAGCGUUCAUCACUGAUGCAGAAACAGCAGGACAUCCAUUCGAGCUGUUUUUCUCAGGAAACUGAAAUCCUUCACCGUCCGGAGAAAGAUGUUCUUUCAGAGUUGUGUGUCCACGUUGUGUUGUAUUGUGUUAAUAGUAAAAUAAGCAGCAAAAAUACACUUUUAAGCGUUGCAUUUAAAGCAGUAUUGAAGAUGGGGAAUGUGCAAAUACGUGAGGUGUAAAAACAGCAGUUUCAGAGCUGUGUUUCUGGACCUUGUCCAGCAGGGGGAGCUACUGGUUUGUUCCCAGUUUGUCCAACACGUUUUGUAGUAAGGGGGAAUUUGAUCCAUUAAAACAAGUGUGUUUAUUACACUUCAUUGCCAAAAAUGUGUUGUGAUACUUUUCCAUUGUUUUGGGUUUGUUUGUGGCCAUUUUGUGUAAUUUUUCUGCUUGUUUUGAUAGUUUAGCACUAUUCUGCAGUGCUUUCAAUCAUUUUUAGUCCUUUCUUUAGUUUCUUUUGUGUCCGUUUGUGUUUUCUUGGGGUCCUUUUAAUCUGCAUGAUCACUUUAUAUCUAGUUUCGGUCACUUCAUGUCACACUGAGUUUAUUUUGCAUCUCUUUCAGGUUAUCUUACAUCUAAUUUUGGUCCUUUUGUGGCUCUUUUUGGUCAUUUUGGCAUUUUAGUUUGAGAGUUUUGCAUCUCAUUUAGGUUGUUCUUCAUAUGUUUGUGGUUAUUUUGUGUCAUUUUUGUUUGUGUUUUAAUUGUUUACCAUCAUUCUACAUGUGUUUAUUUGAAAAAAAAAUCUCAUCUUUGGUUGUUUUGUAUUGCAUUUUGGUCUUUUUGGAUCACUUGGAGGUCAUUUUAUGUCUCAUUUUGGGUAUUGAGUGUUUCAUUUGCAUCUCCUUUUGUUUGUUUUCCAUGUGUUUGUGGUUAUUUUAUGUAAUUUUAAUUAUUCUGCAUCUGUUUUUGGGUUUAUUGUAUCUCAUUUUGCCCAUAUUGCAUCAAAUUUAGGUAAUUUUGCAUCUGUUUGUUGUAAUUUUUGAUCAUUUAGUGUCUGGAUUUUUUUUGCUAUGUGAUUACGUAUCUCAGUUUGAUCAUUUCCAUUACUUCAUUUUGUGUUCAAUGUUGAUAAUUUAGCAUCUCAUUUUGGUCAUUUGGUGUGUCUUUAUGGUCAUUUUGUACCAUUUUGCUUGCUAUUUUAAUAAUUUAGGGUCAUUUUCUGUCUUUUUGAGGUUGUUUGCAUUUCAUUUUGAGAAGUUCCCUCUUGAACUUGUUGUUUAUUUGAUAUUGUACCAUAAAAGCUCAUUUGACCCACUGUGUGGUUUCGUGAGCGGCUGCAGCUGUGGUGCCGAUGAGGCUUCACCUGUGGCCUGAAAACGCAACAAGGAAGUUUUAGAAUCUGCUGCAGGUUUCAGCUUCACUUCAUGCUGUGUGGCUGUGUGGGGAUGCAUUUCCGCUGGUGUGUGUUUAACCACAGGAUGUGGUUCAAAGUGUGAAGAACAUGUUGUUGCAUCUCCAUGGUGACAUAUAAAAAUGCUGAAGAAAUAGCUCCUGUGUUGGACUGAAGGUUUCUGCUGCUCGGAGGUGUUUUUACACCUUCUGCUGCUGCAUCUUCAACAACAGCUUCUCUCAUGUUAGCUUCUUUGGCUACGUGCUAACAGGGCACGUAGCAUGACCAGGACCCAAUAGAGAAAUCGCUUCCAAAAUAGUCCACAGCCCAGUCAUUGAAUGCAUCUGAACGUAGAGUUGCGCUACAGAAGUUGGUGCUUUGUCAAAUUAGUGGACUAAAUGCUCAUUAAGGCUCCACUCUGCUAUUAACCUCCAGCUGUGGAUGUGUUGUCUCUGUGCAGGCGGCCACAUUACACCAAAAUCCUCUUUAGGGAUGCUUUGUUUCAGUUUAAACUCUAUUUUAGUUGUGUUGCAUCAUUUUUCGACUUGUUUUGGUCAUUUGGCGUCUUAUUUAGGUCAUUUUUGUGUCAUUUUGCAUCUUAUUUUUGAAAUGAUGCAUCAUUUUGUGUCUCAUUUCAGUCAAUUUGUGUUUAAUUUUGUCUUUGCAUCAUGUUUUUACCACAUUAGAGUCAUUUCAUUGUGGUUGCUUUGUAUCAUUUAAAAAAUCUUUUUCAUUUUAGUAAUUUUGCAUCAUUCUGUGUCUUAUUUUAAUGGAUUUUGAUUGUUUUGUGUCUUUAGUUGUCAUUUUGUGUUAUUUUGCUUGUCAUGUAGGUAAUAUAUGUAAUAUUGCAUUUACUGUGAUGAUUUUUGUGCCGUUCUAGUCUUUUAAAAGUUAAUUUGGUUGUUUUGUGUCUCUUUGUAGUAAUUUUUUGUCAUUCUAUAUCUGACUUUCAGAAUUAUGCAUACUUUUGUGUCUCAAUUCAGUCAAUUUGCAUUUAAUUUUUACUGUUUUGAAUGUCGUGGUCAGUUUUUAAAAUUAUUUUAACAGUGUGACGUCAUUUUGCUUCUCAUUUGGGUAAUUUUACAUCUCUUUGUGUUAUUUUUUUUUGCCCCAUUUCAGCAAUUUUACGAUUCAUUUUGGUUGAUAUGUGUUUUUGGGGUUGUUUUCUGUCGUUUUGUAUCAUUUUGUAUCUAUUUUUAGUAAAUCAGUGUUUAAUUUAGGUACUUUUGAGUCUCCAUGUUGUCAUUUUGUGUUAUUUUUUUAUGAAUUUUGGUCGUUUUACAUGUCUUUAUAUUCAAUUUGCAUCAUUUUGCAGCUUCUGGUGACGUUUGUGAGCAGGAUUCAGGUGACGCAUGUUGUUGUGUCUGUUUGCUGAGCUGCACUUGAAUGUAUUUCUGCUUUCCUUCAUCCAGGAUCUACCGGCAGGUUUGGAUGGCAGCUCUGCCCUGAGCUGUGCAGGUGUUUGAGGGUGUUUUGCGCCUGCAGCAGGCCUUUCCUCCUCUUGGUCUACAGUUUCUGAUGCUGCAGUCUGAAUUAUUAAUGAGUUCUGAGAAUGUUUUAGUCAAAAAUUCAGGAGACUCAUCCAGCUGGUCAGCAUUGAGCCAACAGAUCAUUCUGUAAGAUUUAAUAAAUGUUCGACAUGUAUCAACAGACUUGUUGGU